UUGCUCCUGAAAGGGAGGAGCAAUGCCCUCAAACACAGGUGUAACACUAGCCAGGCAGACAUAGUUUCUAGGUGAAGAAAGUCUACAGACCAUUUGAACAAUAAGAAAAGACGUCAUGCAGCCCUCUAACGUCUGUUGGUCCUUGACGAUAUGGAUGGUCCAGCUGGCCUUGACUGUUCUCACUGUUCAAGCUAAAAACUGUACCAAACCCAUAGGAGGGCCAAACAUGGUUUUGUCAGAUGCCUUCAUCACACAAGAGACAUUUGUAGAUGGCGCAAAAGUCACUUUUCAGUGUGCAAUUGGAUAUGUCAGUACAGGAUGGUCUCCGCCAGUCACCUGUACUGCUGGCGUGUGGAGUGAAGUGAAACUGAAAUGCGAAAGGAAGUCGUGUGGCAACCCAGGAGAAGUGAUGAACGGCCAGUUUAAUAUCUCUGGGGGGAUCUUGUUUGGAGACCAGGUAGUUGCUACCUGUAACACUGGCUAUGUGCUUGUGGGCAGCGGUGUAAGGACCUGUAUGGAUGGAGGCUGGGAUGGCAGAGUUCCUGUAUGUGAAGUGGUGAAGUGUGGAAAGCCCCCAGACAUUGUCAACGGUGGGCCUGUUGUCCCACCUGAUGAUACGUAUGACUAUGGAAGUGUAGUGCAAUAUGACUGUGAGAAGGAUUACACUCUGGUUGGAACUAAAUACAUAACCUGCAGUGAGAAUGGAGAAUUCCAGCCAGCUCCACCUGAGUGUAAAAUGGUGUCAUGUCUUCCUCCUGUUGUUGAGAAUGGCGUUCGGAUUGAAGGCCGUCCCCCCUAUACGUACAUGUCUUUUGUGACGUAUAGGUGUAAUGCUGGAUAUGAGAUGGAGGGACAAGCCAGUCUGACCUGUAAAAUAGAAGGCUGGUCAGCUCCUUACCCAACAUGCAAAGCUAAAAACUGUACCAAACCCAUAGGAGGGCCAAACAUGGUUUUGUCAGAUGCCUUCAUCACGCAAGAGACAUUUGUAGAUGGCACAAAUGUCACUUUUCAGUGUGCAAUUGGAUAUGCCAGUACAGGAUGGUCUCCGCCAGUCACCUGUACUGCUGGCGUGUGGAGUGAAGUGAAACUGAAAUGCGAAAGGAAGUCGUGUGGCAACCCAGGAGAAGUGAUGAACGGCCAGUUUAAUAUCUCUGGGGGGAUCUUGUUUGGAGACCAGGUAGUUGCUACCUGUAACACUGGCUAUGUGCUUGUGGGCAGCGGUGUAAGGACCUGUAUGGAUGGAGGCUGGGAUGGCAGAGUUCCUGUAUGUGAAGUGGUGAAGUGUGGAAAGCCCCCAGACAUUGUCAACGGUGGGCCUGUUGUCCCACCUGAUGAUACGUAUGACUAUGGAAGUGUAGUGCAAUAUGACUGUGAGAAGGAUUACGCUCUGGUUGGAACUAAAUACAUAACCUGCAGUGAGAAUGGAGAAUUCCAGCCAGCUCCACCUGAGUGUAAAAUGGUGUCAUGUCUUCCUCCUGUUGUUGAGAAUGGCGUUCAGAUUGAAGGCCGUCCCCCCUAUACGUACAUGUCUUUUGUGACGUAUAGGUGUAAUGCUGGAUAUGAGAUGGAGGGACAAGCCAGUCUGACCUGUAAAAUAGAAGGCUGGUCAGCUCCUUACCCAACAUGCAAAGGUAAGACUGAUUUCACUGUUUGUUAUUUAACACACUUUAGCCUAAUAUUUUACGUGAUUACGGCAAGUGGAUAUUUAGAGAAAUUCGUCUACGUAGGUGGCGAUCUGAAAAAAACUACAGUACAAGCAAACCAAACAAUCCAGGAAAUUGUGUGCUGCUGCUUGUUGCAGGAAAAUAAUGUCAUGCAGCCCUCUAACAUCUGGCCCUUGACUAUAUGGAUGGUCCAGCUGGCCUUGACUGUUCUCACUGUCCAAGCUAAAAACUGUACCAGACCCAUAGGAGGGCCAAACAUGGUUUUGUCAGAUGCCUUCAUCACACAAGAGACAUUUGUAGAUGGCGCAAAAGUCACUUUUCAGUGUGCAAUUGGAUAUGUCAGUACAGGAUGGUCUCCGCCAGUCACCUGUACUGCUGGCGUGUGGAGUGAAGUGAAACUGAAAUGCGAAAGGAAGUCGUGUGGCAACCCAGGAGAAUUGAUGAACGGCCAGUUUAAUAUCUCUGGGGGGAUCUUGUUUGGAGACCAGGUAGUUGCUACCUGUAACACUGGCUAUGUGCUUGUGGGCAGCGGUGUAAGGACCUGUAUGGCUGGAGGCUGGGAUGGCAGAGUUCCUGUAUGUGAAGUGGUGAAGUGUGGAAAGCCCCCAGACAUUGUCAACGGUGGGCCUGUUGUCCCACCUGAUGAUACGUAUGACUAUGGAAGUGUAGUGCAAUAUGACUGUGAGAAGGAUUACACUCUGGUUGGAACUAAAUACAUAACCUGCAGUGAGAAUGGAGAAUUCCAGCCAGCUCCACCUGAGUGUAAAAUGGUGUCAUGUCUUCCUCCUGUUGUUGAGAAUGGCGUUCGGAUUGAAGGCCGUCCCCCCUAUACGUACAUGUCUUUUGUGACGUAUAGGUGUAAUGCUGGAUAUGAGAUGGAGGGACAAGCCAGUCUGACCUGUAAAAUAGAAGGCUGGUCAGCUCCUUACCCAACAUGCAAAGCCCUUCUGACUACCACAAAGCCAACUACUACAAAGAUGACCACAAUCCAAGAUCGUGUACCCCGUCCCACUGAUCUAACCCCAAAGGCCAACGACAACACUGGGGUAAUAGCAGGCUGUGUUGUAGGUGGACUUGCCAUUAUUUGUGGUGCAGUAUUUGCAGUCUACAAAUUUAAACAAAGCUCUCGAGGUGGCUACUCAUCAAAUGUGGCCACUAAAAUCUCUGAAGAGAAUGAGUUGUAGCAUCCUCUGCCAUGUGCCAAGCAGCCUAAUUUGCCUUAGUCGUCUCCUGCUUCAUUGAGAAAGGAGUCAGAACUGGCUGCUGUGACGGUGCCUCCGAAUCAUCUACUCUCCCAUUUGGAAGCUUGUGCAUAAGGAGUGUCCUUGAUUAGAUAAUAACUAUUCAUGUUUCCAGUGUACUUCAUAUAUCACUUUUUCUUAAUCUAAGCCUGCCUCAUCUCAUUGCCUACAUUCUGAUGUUAAAAGUCCCACAUAUGUAUGGAAGCUGCUCUUUAGAGCGACCAUGCAUCACAAAGCCAGUUUUACCCCCUCUGAAAUAAGAAGAUUUAAGGAAAUCAUAUCCUUUGCAAUAUAAAAAAACUCACAAUAUAUCAUGCCGUUUGACACCAAUGUCUUGAUAAAGUCAUACCACCAAAGGUCAAAACUGGUUUCAUAGACUAGGUUGCAGAUGUGUUGAAUGUAACCUGGAGUUCAUGAACAAAAUCUGGUUCGGGGAAUCAAUGGGCGCUCACGAACUUUAGCUCUAAUCAUUGGCCUUGGUCUUUAACUGUGUAAAUGUCAGGUUCAUUUAAAAAGGUUGGUUUUAUAAGGAGACCAUGGAAUUGAUGUAGUAUACUUAUUUUGUAAAGUGUGCUAGUUCUUUGAGGGAUCAAGGACUCAUGAUCCAGCUUUGGAAUCUUUAUUUGCACUUAUAGCCUAUUUGCAUUGUCUUGGAGUUAUAUUGUAGAUAAGACCAUGAAAGAUUUAUUUAAAAGAAUGUAAAUGCAUCUUGUUUUAAUGAAGUUAAAUGGGGAAAAAUACAUGCUUACAAUGUUAUGUCUAUUUUCAGAGAUGAGUCAUGUUUCUGUGACACAUUUUCCCUCUAAACUGUUCUAGAUUUGUGUGUAAUUGGCUCACAUUGCAUGUGUAAGAAUACCUGGGAACUGAUUUAAGCAGAUUGCGCAAAUGUAUUGGAGAUCUGCUAUUCAACCACUUGUAAUAUAACAUCCACCAUACCCAACAGUUGAAUUACUGCCUUGAGUAAAUGUACAUAGUGACGUUAACCACAGUGCAAGACUAUCUGGGUCGUGGUGUUCUAUAGGAAAGAAACCUGCAGCUCUCUGUAAUAUCAGGCUCAGCUUAGUGCAUUUUGAACGCUCAAUGUGCUCUGGAUUCUUCACUAUGCCUUGUAAUGAAGAAUAUUUUGGAGUUUGAUGUCUAUUGUAUAGCCUACAGUGACUUUGCUUUAUUCUGAUCAAUGUACCCUACUAAGCAGCGCGGUGUUCAACAUAUCCAAACAAGACAACCCCACUUGCCAUGUUUUCAAAAUGGAAUGAAAAUACAUGUUCCAGAAUGUCGUCUUUCACUUGAUCUUUGAAACUACUAUUUCCAACAGAGUAAAAUGUAUUCAUGUGUUUUUGAAGUAUUCUGUAGUGGCUCUAUUCAAUCUGUAUUGCUGAAGCAUUACAGAUUGCACAAUGUAAAGGUAAUUUCUGAUUGGUUGACAUGCAGCGUUUACUGGGAAUGCAGUCGCUGCUAAAGCUGGAACAAUAUCUUUAUUUUAAUCACGCUUCCUAUACGCUGUACUUGUCUUUGGUGUCAGUGUGUCUGUAAUCUGUUAAAUUCAGUGUGGGACCACAUCUUAUGUUGUGGUUAGCCAGUUAUGAAAAAUAUUUUUAGCACUUGUUUGUACAUUAAGUUAAUCAAUUAAACAGCAAUCAUUUUAACAUGAA